CCUAUUAGUGAUGUCGGCCAUUUUGGAAAUAACAAAAUAAGUCGAGAAUGAAGAAUCCGUGCAUGAUUUUUAAGUCAUCACAAAUGAGAGUAUACCCCUUAAAAUAGCUAUGAUUACAAAGUUUCCUGUAACAUUGGUAGUUAUCAUAUGGGCAUCCAUUAGCCUCAUAGAGAGUCAUCAAAGAUGCCCCUCAUCAUGUCACGUGAGACAUCACGUUCUGGAAUGUCGUGGUCGGCUACUACCCGAUGAUUUGAAUAACGUUAUCGUAGAAUGUGUAACGCCUACGGUGACAGAAAUAUAUUUAUCUCACAAUGUGAAGAGAUGUGAUUGCAAGUGGUGGUUAUUUCUCCAACAAUUGAAGAAAAGGGAUAACGUCAAUGUCUUCAGCUACAAGCACAAUCCGCAAUGUUCUGGCAAUCUUCGAAAGAUUUGUACCAGAAUGUAUCAAAGUCACUACAAUAGCCAUACUGUUGAACGUCCACCUCAUAAUCACAGAAAAGAAACCAGACAAGACUUGGCAGAAAAUAAUUAUCGAGUUCACAGAAAAGAGAGCAUACGUCAAAAUCAAAAUGAAGUAAAAACGAAAUCAGAGAAAGAAACCAACCGUGGGCCAAAUGGCGACAAGGUGGACAUUGAAAAUAAGAGCAGUGGUCAAACUAUGGAGGACACGGGUCCAAGACGAAUGAAAGAAGCUUUGGACAGUAAUCUAAAAAACAAACAUCAAGACACCAAAUCAGAUCCACAAGAACAGCUGUCAAAUAGCAAUGGCCUGGACAGUACAGAUCGAUUGCUUCUUAGAGUUCUCCUCAUGAAAAUGAAAACUAGGAACGCGCCUCGCAGGCAUCUUGACUCGACAAGAAAAGACAAAGUGUUACCCAAAACGGCAAUACCUGACGAAGAUGCUCUUACCCAGACAAGUGUGAAUGCACCUGAUACUAAUAUAGUUAAACGAAUUAAAACGGUCAAAAAGAAGCAUUAUACUCGUGACAAUUAUCCAGACGAGCGUAUCCAAACAUCUACAAUAAAACCUGACAUAAAUUAUCCACCAGACAGGCGUACCAAAGAAGCUAAAAAGAAUCAUCUGAAGAAUAUAGAAAUCAAGCGGAGAAAAAUUCGGAGAACAAGAGCUGUUGAAACAGUACAUGAUGAGAAAUCGAACAAAAGUGAUGCUAAUCAUGUGCUUGCAAAUGAUAUAUCCUCGACCCCUAUUCCAAACCAAUUGCGAGUUAAUCAAUCAAAACCCAUAGUAAAGAAAGUAGUAAAACUUGGCGCUAAACAUGAAACAGAUAAGCAAGUGAAGCUAAAUGCCACGGUUAUUCCCGCAAAAUCAUCCACUCGUGCACCUACUCACACUCCUAUAACAAUUGGACAAGUACCCCCAACAACUGUCGUUACAUCACAUAGUACUAAAGUACCGUUAGAAAGUUCGAACGAUAUUUCAGUCACCAAACAAACACUGAGAGAUUCACUUGUAAAAAUAGACAGGAUGCCAAUUCCUCUUCCUCAACAAAAUAUAAUUGUAUUGACUCCUGAAAUAAACAACUUGAAAAUGAAUAAUCUGGAAAGGCCGCCACUCGGAGAUAACGCAAGCCAAAAUUACAAUGAGAAGCUGGCGCAACGUGAAAUGGAAGAAAUGAAUUCCUUCGCCAGUGUGGAACAAAUAAAUAAAGAGCAAAAUACACCAUUGAUGUCAUCAGAUAAAAAUAAAAGCGCAUCAAUCUCAACCAUCGCAGAAACGACUCUAUCUAGUAACUCACAGGCUGGUGAUAAAAAUGACAAAACCACUACUGUAGCUUCUAUUAUGAAAGCACCAAAACAUGAAAUUAUAAACAAAAUGUCGACGACAAUUAGUCCUCAAUCUAAAUACACAUACAAGGGUCAACUUCCAAGAGUUUACAUGCCUUUUAUUCCAAAUAUCUACGGUCCCUUAAAUGAGGCAAAUGCCAAGUCAGACAAACAUGUGUUAACAGCCAAUGAUUUGAUGCCACCUAGAGUGUACAAAGGGCAGAUGUUGAUUGGUCGAAAGCUUUACCCUCUUGAUAAAACUAACAAAGAGUCUAUGGAUGCUUUAAAACAAUUUGUCACAGACACAAAUAAGAAGAUUUCUGUGCUGAGCAGAGCCAAUACAAAGCAUUUCUACAUGAAGAUUUUCCUGUAUAAAAUGAUGAGAUUCACAAAGACAUACCUGGGAAAAGAUGUACAACAUUUAGUGGAAGGACCAGUUAAGAGGACAAUUAUAAGCAAACGGUCUGUCAAUAAGCCGAACGAAAAUGACACAAGAAGAUCGUUUAGAAAGCUGAGAAAAAUGCACUUUAAACAAAUGCCCUAUACUACUUCCAAGAAAAAACAUGCAAAACUUCCAAGCAAGAAAAAAGCAAGAAGGAAAUGGAAACGAUAUUACAACACAAGAAAUACCAAAGAUCAAAGGAAAAUGGCCAAAAUCAAAAUGGCCAGUGCAAAACAUCGAGGGAUGAAAAAACUGAGACGACAUAGAAAACAAAGAAUGCUUAAACAGAUAGGGAAACGUCAUUACCUCACAAGAAAUACAAAAGAUCAAAGGAAAAUGGCCAAAAUCAAGAAGAACCGUGCAAGACUUCCAAGGCAGAAAGAAUUACGAAGACAGAGAAAGCAUAGAACUCUUCAAAAGAAAAGAAAAUCAAGUAGGCGGAGAAAACUAAGAAAACGCUUAAGUAAAGACAAAACUCAUUACACCACAAGAAAUACAAAGGACAAAAUUAAAAAGGGCGAAAUUAAUAAGAACCAUACAAAAGCGCUACGAAAGAGAAAUCUAAGAAAACGAAUUAAGCAUGAAAUACUUCAGAAGAAAGGGAAACGCCACUACAUGACAAAAAAUACAAAAUAUGAAAGAAAAACGGCCGAAAUAAAGAAGAACCGUGCAAAACGUAUGAGAAAGAAAAAACAAAAAAGACAGAGAAAGCAUAGAAAACCUAAGAAAGAGAAACGUAAUGACAUCACAAGAAAUACAAAAGUUAAAAGGAAAGAAACCCAAAUCAAAAAGCCCCGUGCAAAAAGUGUAAGGAUGAAAAAACUGAGACGAAAGAGAAAACAAAGAAAGCUUAAAAAGCAAGUGAAACGUCAUUACAUCAGAAGAAA